AUCCAUCUUUGUGCUAACAACGCUCCAUCAUAACACAGGCUCUCAUCUGGACCUUGUGGGCGGCUGCGUUUGGAAUGACGGUCUUCCGGGGCAGCUUCCAAUGGAUCCUCCAACGUCGUCUGUACGCCGACGACUACUUCAUCAUCGCCGGCCUCGCCACGUUGACGGCCCUGUCGGCGGUUAUCACGAUGAUGCUGCCCCAGUUUUACCUCGCCGGCGAGUACACCAAGGCCGCUGCCACGAACCCCCUGGCGCCCCUGCCUCUGCCGCUGGAGGAGUUCACUGCGAGGACUGUUGCAUCCCUCAAGUUGAUGUUCUCGCAGAUGUUGCUGUUCUGGACAACUCUUUGGGCAGCCAAGUUCUCCAUCCUCUUCUUCGUCAGGCGGCUUGUCAAUGGGCUGCCGAGAUACGUACGCGCGUGGUGGGCGUGUUUUGUCGUGGUCCUGCUGCUGUACCUGGCAUGCAUCUUCUCCAACUUCCUGACGUGCACGCCGUUGACCAAGUACUGGAGUGCAACCGGGUGUAGUGCGCCGGAAGAUCUCGUACGGGCCGAUGCAUCCAUCAAGUUUGCGACCGGCGCCGACGUUGCCGCCGAUGUGUUGAUCAUGAUGCUACCCCUUAAUCUGUUGCGCAAGCUCACCACCUCGCGAUCCCGCAAGUUUGGCCUCGCCGUCCUCUUCUCCCUCGGCGGUAUCAUCAUCGCCUUUGCCAUCGCGCGUCUCCUACAAGUCACGAAAGCCACGGGCGACGCGGCCAAGGACCCGACGACGGUCGCCAACGGGCCGGUGCUUCUCAGCAUGUGGAGCCACAUCGAGUCCUCUGUCAGCAUCAUCGUCGCGACGCUGCCGGCGUUCCGUUUCCUCCUUGCAAGGAACAGGACCGCAACAAGAAAGACGACGAACAAGUACGACGGCCCGACGAUCGGCGGUUCGGGUAGGUCGCUACGGUCAAGGAGGUGGCAGAAGGACGCGGUGCGCCUAGAAGGCGACGACAGCUAUAGGCACGGCUCGGCCCAGGGCAGCGAAACGGAGUUGACGCCGGUGAGAGGUAUCCAGAAGGAAAUUGAGUUCAAGACCGAGCAUUCGCCGGGAGAGUUGGCCGUGGGAGAAACGAAGCGCAGGACGCAAGAGUUGUUUGCUUGA